AUGGCAACAAUUCGCGAACCCGACUCACAAGACAGCCCUCAAAUCACACCCGCCGGCCCCCAAGCAGGCCCACCUAAUCCCUCUGGCCCUGUGUCUCUCAAAAGACGCAAGCGUGUCAGCCCCAAAAUCCACGGCUGUCCCGUAUGCGACCUUAGAUUCCCUAGCCUGCGGCUCUUAGGGAAUCAUAUGAAAGACGCACACAAUUUGAAGGCAUUCAAAUGCGAUCAUUGUGAUACUAGAGUAACGAGAUAUGAUAAUCUCGAAAGCCACAAACGAACUUGUAAACGGCGGUCUCCUAAUAGUUCCGUUGCUACCCCGGAAACCAAUCGUGGCAAGAAAGGAAAAGGCCCACGGGUAUCCAUGCGGAGCAUCAACGUGCGGCCUGAACCAAUACGGUCUCUCCCAAAAAUUAACCUACACGAUAGUCCUGGCGGGGUAGGUCUCGCCACAUCGUCAUCGAGGAAGAUGGAUGGCACAUCACUACAAGGGCAGCCCCAUAUCUCCCAACCGUCUAAUCCAGGUGAUGGUAUUAGUCUCGGUGGGGGCACAGACUCUCCCACAGCUACUUCAGACUCACGGCAGCUUGAGAUUUCAAAUCUCAAGUCUCAGCUAGACAAGGCGAAAUGGGAGGCUUCUCAUUGGAAAGAAAACUUCCUGCUUUUAAAGUACGGUAAUAAUGGAGGCCCCCACUAA